UCAGGUAAAUAAGAAAAAGAAAAAAAAAAAAAAACAAAGCAAGGUAUUAUUGAUAAGGCCGUCACUUCGUGGUUAGAUGUAGUUCAGCUUGAGGUAUAAUAUAGAUCUACUAACUCUAGAUCUAUGCAGCCUUCCCAGUAAUUCUAACAUGCGGACAUCUAUAAUAUUCGCUGUGCUUCUUGGUACAGCACUUGCUCGUUAUGAACCCAACUGGAAUUCACUGGACUCUCGGCCGCUUCCAUCCUGGUAUGAUGAUGGAAAAAUUGGAAUAUUUAUCCACUGGGGAGUUUUUUCUGUGCCUGCCUUUGGAAGUGAGUGGUUUUGGUGGAACUGGCAGGGCUCUAAGACCCCAGCCUACACAUACUAUAUGCAGCAAAACUACAGACCCGACUUCACAUAUGCAGACUUUGGGCCUAUGUUUCAUGCUGAAUUCUACAAACCAGAUGAUUGGGCAGAUAUUUUCCAAGCUUCAGGGGCAAAUUAUGUAGUCUUGGUCUCCAAACACCAUGAAGGAUUCACCAACUGGCCAUCCAAAUAUUCCUUCAACUGGAAUGCCAUGGAUGUUGGUCCAAAGAGAGAUUUGGUGGGUGAUCUUGCCAACUCAAUACGCAGCAAAACUAACCUCAAGUUUGGAGUUUAUCAUUCUAUGUUUGAAUGGUUCCAUCCUUUGUUCCUCCAAGAUCAAGCCAACAAUUUCCAAACACAAGACUUUGUCAGAACCAAAACUAUGCCAGAGCUUUAUGAACUAGUCAAUACGUACAAACCAGACAUUGUCUGGUCAGAUGGUGAAUGGAUGGCGCCUGACACCUAUUGGAACUCAACCGAAUUUAUAGCUUGGCUUUAUAAUGACAGUCCUGUCAAGGACACAGUCGUUGUUAAUGAUAGAUGGGGAAACAACACUCGCUGUGCACAUGGUGGAUUCUGGGAUUGUGAUGACAGAUUCACACCAGGUAAACUUAUUGGCCACAAGUGGGAGAAUUGUAUGACACUUGACAAAUAUUCUUGGGGCUUCAGGGCUAAUGCUAAACUUCAAGAUAUCUUGACCAUUGAAGAACUUCUAUCAGAGUUGGCUAAUACUGUCAGUCUUGGGGGCAAUCUGUUGAUCAAUGUGGGACCAACAUCUUUUGGACAAAUUUUACCUGUUUAUGAAGAAAGAUUUCGACAGCUUGGUGCUUGGUUGAAGGUAAACGGUGAAGCAAUCUAUAAGUCAGGCAUAUGGACUUAUCAGAGUGACAAUGCUACUGCCCACGUUUGGUACACAACCAGGACAGAUGGACCUCAGCCAGUGGUUUAUGCAAUUCUCUUGAACUGGCCAAGGAAUUUCUUAGUUUUGUCUCGACCCAAUGCAGACAGUGGUACUAAGAUAUCUUUAUUGGGCUAUCCCAAUCCAUUGACCUUUACCUCCCUUUCAGGAGGCGGGGUCAACAUUACCAUUCCAGUAAUUCCAGCCAAUGAGAUGCCAUGCGAGUGGGCCUGGGUGAUAAAGAUGGAAGGUCUAGCCAACCAUCAGCCUUACGUUAGCUGGGACGCCAUCAGCAGAAAUGUUGAAUCCAUUCGUAUGAGAAAAGAUUCCGUUUGAUAAAUCCAUCUGUUAGUCAAUGUUGUGUCUUACCGGUACUUAAGAUGUACAUUUUACUAUUGGAGCAGAAGUGUUCUUUCUGUUUGUAUGCCAGGCGAUUUAUUUGUAUCGUUACAUUGUAGAAAUGUAUUUUGAUCAAUACAUUAUAGUCUUAGUUAAGAUGUAGGUCAGUGUUUCCCAAACUUUUCCUUUAACGGAACACUUCAUGCAUUCUGAGCAUUUAUCGGAACACUUAGCAUAUUUUUUUUACGGGAGACUAGUUCACGUGUUGGACUACUAGUUAAUUAUUCCAGUACUUAGUGGAGCACUUAUUCAGGCCUCACGGAACACUAGGGUCCCGCGUAACACAGUUUGGGAAACACUGCUUAAGAUCUUACUUAUAUAACCCUCAACCUGACCCACGCUUGUGUGAUAAGUGUAAAACUGGAAUGAAAUCUUUCAUUACUAAUUUAUGUUUUACAUUUAUACAUGAUAUACAUUUAUUAAGCUAUACAUUUUGGUAAAUGUAUAUUUGAUAAAUCCUGUACCUGUGUAAUCAAAAAGUUUUAUAUGUAUUAAUUUGUUCGUAGUAUUUUUUUUUUUUUUUAAGUUGGACCUAGUGUGUGAAAUCUGGCCAAUGUGUAUUUCUAUUGUAAAGUGACCACGCUGUACAUGAUUAUUUAAACAUUUAGCAAUUUCUUGCUCAAAACAUUCACAAACUUGUAAUACCUUUCUACCUGCAAACUUAAGUGUGUUGUCAAUAAAAUUGUUACAAUUUU